UAACAAGUAACAUUAAACAAAUAAUUUCUUUUACUCUGAACAUUUGAUUAUUUUCAAUAAAGAGAUGUUCAUCAUAAAUUCUGAAAGAUGAAUAUUCACAAUGUGACAAUCAAAUUAACAUAAAGCUCCUUUUGAAAAAAUAAUCUGAAGAGUUGUUAAGAUUCUUUACAUCGACUCCGAGACCUGGGAUAAGAUGUCUAAGAAACUGCUGCUGAUAACAUUCUUUAGUUAUUUCUUAACCUAUUUAACACAUGGAGGACAAACUGAUGGGGAAUUAAGGUGUGGAAAUGGGCAACUGAAACACCCGAACAUUAACAACUGUAAAACUAAUGAGGAUUGUCCAAAUUCAUUUGCAUGUAAGAUCCGUCGCAAGAGAACAGAAUGUUGUCAGCAUAAGAUUCUUCGAAAUUGUGAGCCGCUGAUGGAAGAUGACUAUGUGCCGAAGAUGUGCAAAACUGGAAAUGAGACGUCAGCAUGUCCACGGGGGUAUAUAUGUAAUGUUGCACGUAAUAACAGGUACACUGUCUGUUGCAAGGAAGUUCUAUGUAAAGAUGCCACUGGAGGAGUGCACAAGCCAAAUGAUCCUAAAUGGCUGAGCCGGGAAGAUAGCUGUAACAGGUGUAGGUGUAUGCCAUCAGGAAGCAUUAAAUGCACUGAUAAACCAGAAUGUAGGAUGAAUAUUGCCAAAUGUAUCAAGCCAUGUCAGGGUAGGAAAGGAUCACCCAGCAGCUACUCCCCAUGCGUAGACAGAAAAUGUAGUAUUAGAGCCAGGGUGAAGCCAUGUCGCGGGAACUCAACCAAUCAGAGUACUUGCUUAGAUCAUGAGAUUGAAUUCAUUAGAUGUAAUGAAAACAAAUGUCCAAGACCUGGUAGAAAACUAAAACAGAGAUCAGAAAGUGUCAAUUUGAGGAUAUUGGGAGGAGAAGAAGUUAAACCACGGCAUAAUUUCCCAUGGGUUGUAUCUCUUUAUGAGAUAGGAUGUGGGGCAUCUGUACUGAGCCCAUCACACAUCCUAACUGCAGGCCACUGUGUUAAAGACAGGAAAGAGAUUGAAAUUCUUACAGGCAAGCAUGAUAUCUUCAAAAUAGAAAUAUUUGAGCAGGUACGACUCGUUAAACAAAGUACCAGUAGACAAGAGAAUUCUACUAGAACUGGUGAAGUUUUCAUCCAUGAGAACUACACCAUAUGGGAUAACGACAUAGCAAUCAUUAAAGUAGAUCCACCAUUAAUUCUUCACCGAUGGACACAACCAGCUCUUCUGCCAAAAGAUGGCUCUGAUGAAACCUUCACUCUGGGGACAAGUGGCCCUGGGGCACAUUGUAAGAUAGCUGGAUGGGGGUGGGUGAAUCAGACUGAGGGGAGUGACUCAGAUGUGUUGCUAGAAAUGGACUUGAGAGUCCAGGCAGAAUGUGAUCUCCCACCUGCAGAUCUGUUAGAUGUUACAGAAAAUGCAUUCUGUGCAGCUAAAGAUGAGAAUUCAGCUGUGUGUUUUGGUGAUUCUGGAGGGCCAUUCAUGUGCUCUGAGGAUGGCGAUAAAUGGGUCCAAUAUGGUAUCAUAAGUUGGGGACUGAGCAUGUGCGGACGUUCAACAGUUUAUAUGAAAACUACAAAGUAUCUUGAUUGGAUAAAUGACAAGAUAGCUACAGACGGAGGCUGGGGGAAGUUCAGUUCUUGGACUGAGUGUCACCCUUGCCCCAGUGGAACUAUGUCAAGAAUCAGAGUAUGUACUAGCCCUGAACCAAUAGGAAAUGGUGUCUGCCCAGCUGGUAUUGGACUGGUAUAUAAAGACAAAGAAACUGAUUUUAUUGUGGACCUUCACACAGUGGCUUGUAAUUGUCAGAUAUAAAAUAUCCCAAUG